GGGAAAGAUGGUCUGUGUAUUGCUUUUAUAUUUCCUGCACAGUGUCUCAUCCAUGCGAGGGCGAUCCUGGCACGGGCAGGCCAUAUAUGGCAACGACAAAUGAAACAAAGCCAGCGACACAUCGAUGUUCCAUUGCCACCAAAUCGAAACGCGCUCUUUCAAGUGUCUAGACGGGCCUUGGUCCCGUGGACGAUCCAUCUGCGGUGGAAGCGAGCGAGGGGGAUGGGGAGGAGGCAUUUUCUACAUGGGAGUGAGGGAGUGAGAAGAUCGUGCCCUGGGGGAGGACUGUGAUGGCGGGGGGAGAGACACAGGGGAGGGUGGGAAAGAAGGAUGAAAGGACUCCAGUAGUGGGUGCCGCGGGUAUGGUUCGUGCGCUGCUUACGGUCCGGCCACAUACUUCUCUGUACUUGCGUGUGGUGGGUGGCGUGCAGGCGGGGCGUGUGCUGGGGUCAGGACCUAUUUGUUGCCUUUGUUGUUGUUGGCGGACAAUGACAGGGUCGAUUGAAAGAACAAGCAGGGCGUGGAUCGGAGAACGAAACCUUAACCAGGGCAGUCUUUUUUUUUUUUUUUCUGUUUUCAUUUUUGAUUGUUGUCCUUCGACUCUCUUUUUCCAUAGUCCCAGGGUCUGUUUCCAUAUUCCUGCCCGCAAGACCAGACAGCUCGCUCUCGCUCUUCUCCACACCUCUUCACCUCCCCUUCGCCUCCUCGUCCCUUCACUCCCACUCGUCCCUUCCUCUUUCUUCUCCUCCUUGCCUUCGCUGCUCCAACAACGACCUUAGGAAGAACCCUGACAAAGACAACACGUAGUGUCAUCUCUUUUUUUUUUUUUUUCUUGUCCGACAUAAAAGAAAAUAU